GUUAAACUUGCGCUGGACCGGAGAAUCAAGAUCUUAUCCACUUCACACAGCGGCCAGAUACCUGAUCGCGCUUGGAUGGCGGGGUGAAACCCGAUCGUCUGAUGUGCUGCCCGAAACCCAGAGGAGUGACUUACCAGGACGCGUUAAAAAUGUCUUCUUCCUCAAGUGAGGUCAUUAGCGCCGAUGAGAUCAAGAGGGAGAACUCAAGGACGCUGGAGAACCGGGGGAGUGUCAAGCUGUCAGUGCUGGACCCUGCGGAGUUGUCUAUGGAGAAUGCAACUUCAGUCGCAGCUGUCGAUGCGGUCCGCGCCGAACUUCUGGACUGCGCACCGGCCUCCCUGGCCUUCUCCCCGGAGCAAGUGGCGUGCGUGUGCGAAGCACUGCUACAGGGGGGAAACGUGGAGCGCCUGGCCAGAUUCCUCUGGUCACUGCCGCAGAGUGACCUCCUGCGCGGCAACGAAAGCAUCCUGAAAGCCCAGGCAAUAGUUGCUUUUCACCAAGCCCGCUACCAGGAGCUCUAUUGCAUCCUGGAGAACCACAAUUUCAGCCCGGCCAACCACUCUUCUCUACAGGACAUGUGGUACAAGGCGCGAUACACCGAGGCAGAAAAGGCACGGGGCAGACCGCUGGGAGCUGUGGACAAGUAUCGCUUGCGCAGAAAAUACCCUCUACCACGGACUAUCUGGGACGGAGAGGAGACUGUGUAUUGUUUCAAAGAGAGGUCCAGGAAUGCGCUCAAGGACAUGUAUAAGCGGAAUCGGUACCCGUCUCCGGCAGAGAAAAGGAAUCUCGCGAAAAUCACAGGACUUUCUUUGACACAAGUCAGCAACUGGUUCAAAAACAGAAGACAGAGAGACAGGAAUCCAUCGGAAGCGCAGUCAAAAAGUGAGUCAGAUGGCAAUCACAGCACAGAGGAUGAGUCCAGUAAGGGCCAGGAUGACCUGUCUCCUCGUCCACUGUCCAGCGGCUCUGCCGGCUCAGUUGUCCAUGGUGCUAGUCCUGCUCUCGUGUACACUGAUGGUGCCACCACUGUCAUUCAGCAAAUUGGGGACGUCAAAAUGUCUCCUCUUCCAGCUGGAAUGGGUUUCAAUGGCGACCUGGCGAGUGCCAACUCCCAGUAUCUCAAUGGUGCAACCUAUGUCCAGUCACAUGGCAACAGCAGCCUUCUGAAUGGACUUGGAGCUGCGGGAGCCCACUUUUUGGCCUUUGAACCCCAGAGGGUCUCCCAUGGCCAGGACAGGCUUCUGGGAGGUUCUUCCAUGUCAUACACCUCUUACUCCAUGGGGGCUACAGAAACCACAGUUGGAAAGCUGGAGGCCAUGCAGUCUCUGGUCACCCACUCAGAAGAUGGAGCGGCACCCUCGGUAGUCACCUUCGCCACCACCCCAUCUUCAUCCUCCUCUAGCUCGGGGGCUCCUCAUCUAAGCAGCUACAGCAUGGCCAAUCUCCCUGGGGUGGAGAACAGCCUCGGUCUCCCUCCUUUAUUGUUACCCUCAUCCUCUACAGUUCCAUCUCAUGGAGACUCUUCUCCCCUGGAUGGUGUCGUUAGCGACUCUUCCCAGCAUUCGGGUCAGCCCCUGCUCUACACCCUCAGCCAGGCCGUCAAGCAGGAGCCCUUGGACAUUGGUGUGGGCUACACGUAUCCCCCCAGCAUGCCCCUGGAUCAAACUGGCAACCUGGGCUACACCGCCUCCCUCUUCCUCUCCUCAAGCCUCGGCCACUCUGCCGACGGCGGGGGCCCCCUCGCCCCUGCUGCAACGGCUGCCGUCACAUCGGUCCUCUCUAGCACAGAGGGUCACUCCACGCUGACUCACACUGCCCGCAGCCUCCAGGAGGGCGGGGGAGCUCUGCCCUCAGACUACAGGGCCCAGGAGGCUCAGCUGCCCCUGUCUGACCCGCUGGAGACCCCGGCAGGACCUGGGGAGGGACCGGUUUGUGGAGAUCUGGAGAUGGAGGGCAAGGAGCUGGCGAAACUGCAGACUGUGCAGAUGGAUGAGGAUGAUGGUGACCUCUGACCCUGCUGAUCACAUCACCUGAAGUGAAGCUCUGUAUUUCAUGAGUGCUUGGUUGUUGUUUUUUUUUUAAUGCUAUUGCGGCCUAUUCAUGAGGUCUCCUAUGCACAUGUCAGUCCCAAACUCUAAUAUUUUCUUGUUUCUUGAAUAAUGUAUGCAAGAUGUGUGCAAAUGGUGGAACUCAGUGAGCAGUGCCUUCAUCUUCUCCUCACAAACCUAGCCUGAGCUAACCUCGUACUCAGACGGCUGCAGAAUGUACUUGUUGAUGCACUGACCUUAAGAAGAUUAUGUCUCAGCACUGUCUUCUCUCUCCUCUAUCUUAUAGUAAGGGACUCUUGUCAGGAGAGUGAGAGAGGGAGAGAUAGAGUGAAAGAAAGAGAGAGAGCAAUGGAGUGAAAGAUAGAGAUGUGAUAAAAAGCACACUAUAAAAUGUCUUGCAAAUGUCUCUGCACAAUCAUUGCAGCUUUAUACUGAUUCUGUUUUCCUCUGCAAUAUUUUAUCAAAGCACAGAUGUUUAAUUUUUUGUUGUUGUUUGGUCUUUUGUAUUUAAAUUUUUGAGUGUGAACUACUAAUGUGGACAACAAUAUUUUGUUGGUUUGCUUUUUAAAUUUCCAUUCAGCAAUUACUUUUUGAUUUAAACACAUGUGGCAA